AGUACCCAUAAGUUGCUGUUUACAUAGACCACAGUUUUCCUGUAACGUCAGCCACUGUCCAUUGUCCUGCAUAUGCCCUGCCUGACAACAUUUGCAUGUUUUACAGUUUUACGGACACUAAUUUGUUUGUGCACACUGUUUGUUAUUUCAAAGAAGCCAGCAACCAUUUCCACAGAUAUCACUGUACAAGAGUCAGUGUCAGAAGACAACACCAGCCAGAUCAUUCGAAUGAGUCUUUAGCCACAAUGCCUUAAAUUUGGUUAUUUUUUUUUGGAUUGUUUUGAGAGAAGACAGAUUUUUAUGAUGUUUAAACUUGUUCAAAAAGGACUUAAACCUGGAUUUAGAUUCUUGUUUUGAUCUCCUGGUUUUACAUCACUUCAGUUUGAGGAUUAAUCUGUUUAAACUGAUUCAAAAACACCUUAAUUCUCUGAACCAGGAUGGAGAAUCCAGACCAGGACGUGGUACUUCAGUUGUUUACAAGGAGACAAACCGCAACCUCGUACACAUGCGACAGUUCAGAGCCACAACAGGAGCAGCACAAUGAGUCUGAACCUGAGCCUGAAUUCAACCAGGAGGCACCACAGCAGAAGAAAGACACCACACCGCUCGCGCUCAUGAAGUUCCGUAUACAACAGCUUCAAAACAGGCGUUUCCUCCUGCUGAGGAUGCAGCACUUCAAAAAGAAGGCAGAGAAUGAUAGUGUGACCUGUGAGGACAGCGAUGACAUGUGUGAGCUGGAGGCCAUCCAGAAGGAGCUGGAGGAGCUGCUGGUGAAAAAGGAGGAGCUGGAGAACAAGGGGAUGAGCUCCAACCUCAGGGCCAACAGAGGUCAAGAGGAUGCACAUCCUGCUUUUUAUAAAUCUGAGACACCCCUUGGGGGGAUCUACACGCUGCCACCUCCUCAGCAGACACAGGAGGACGUCACACCAGAGCAGAGCUGUAAAAACUACACCUGCAGCAGAGACACCAACAAACCUGAUCACUCCAGUGGGCAGUCUGGGUCCGAUGCCAGUCACCACUCGGUGUCCACACUGUCAUGAGGUCAUCGUCACACAAACCUACAAAAAAGUGGGCGAGUCAAUGUUCCUGCUCUGUUGCUUGUGCUCCAUGAUGGGGUGUGUCGCAGGCUGCUGUUUGUUCCCCUUCUUCAUAGAGCGAUUGAAAAGCGUCUACCACGACUGCCCCCACUGUAAGGCACACAUACACACCUACCAGCCAUUCUGACAUGGAGGUUUCUAUAUUUUUUUUGUAAAUUCCUCAGCACUACAUUAAGGAAACUCUACAAGCAUAUGAACAUUUUGCCUUUUUUUUUUUUUGACUCGGCAAACUGAUGUUGGAAAUGUGCCUGGAGUCGACUAAAACGCUGGUACAAGCUGCACAAAGGCUCAGAGACCUUUAGUCAAACAUUGUGUUAUGGUUCUGUGAUGGUGUCAGAUUGUCUAGAGGAAUAUCUGCAUAACAUGGAAUUAAUUAAAGCUCCCAGUGACGCAGAUGCAAAUACAGCCAUACAGCACUCAAUUUAUGAGCGCAGAGCCAGUCAGUGUGUCAAAGACUGGUCACUCGCUUAAAGCCGCCACACAGACGGAUCCCUACAACUGAAAAAGGAUCAGUGACUUUUUGCAGUUGAUGCAAAGAAGCAGCUUUGUGGUUUGUCAACAAUGUGAUGGCCUCCGUGACCAGUUUCCUUGGUGUUAGGAAAAUAUAUUCGUGAAGAUCCAUUAUCUUAGGGGAAAAUGGAAAUGUUUUUGCUGAACAUAUGCAAACAGUCUAACAAAGAUCUGUUUUCAUACACUGACUAAUGCAACACAAUUCAAAUGUAGUGGUUUUCUUCAUUCUUCUGUUUCUGUUCUGGCACCAGUUCUUACAAACGCAACAAAACUAUUGUUUAUAUGUUCUUAAUAAUAUAUAAUAAUAUAUAAAUCUGUAUUUUUUUCCUUAAAUGUGAAUUAUUCUGUAAUUAACAUCUACAGUGGUGUUCACAGUACACCAAAUUUUAUUGACACAUAAAGGCAUACAGUACUUAUAUACAUCUUUUUGAGUAUUUACAAAAUAGAGAGCCCAUGGAUGUUACACAUGUAUAAAAAUAUGCAUUACAUCUAUAUAAAUAUAUACACAAUGUGCAAAACAUAUGGCAUUACAAACAAGAGGCAUGGCAUGGGUGGUGGAGAUAAAGAGGAGACUCAGCUACAAUGGAGAAUGUAAAUCAACUGAUGAGGGUGGAGAACCUCAGUGCCUCUUUCUCUAAUGUUCCCAGAAAUACAUCUACCAUAAUGAAACGUCUUGUGCAGAGCUUCUGUUCUCAAGUUCAGCUUCUCCACCCGAAAAAAAAAAGCACAACGUUCACGUGAUGAUACAGGUGAAUGAGGACGAGCAGGAGAGCUGGAGUCAAUAUGUGGAAGCCUGACUGACGGUGCUUCUACAAACCUCUAAUGUAAGAGGGUUAUUCAAACAACAAACCCUCGCUUAACCACUCAGAUAUGAAGUGCUUUUGAAAUAAUGUAUUACUCUUUAUGCAGUAAAGGCUCUUACAUUAAUAAAAUCAAGGCAGGAUUUGACAUACAGUACAGUAUAUCAAGGGAGAGCAGCCAUUAUUGCUUUUCGCUGUCCCUGUCUGGCCAGUCAGAGACCUGGAUGGCCAAUGGUUAAAGUGAUGUUACAUCAUUGAGUGUAAAACAUGUAGAUUUACUGCACCCAAGAGGUUUGUGUAUGUCUGAUAUGCAAAACAAUAUGUAAAACAGAACCAAAAAAACUCUGCAAACCAAAAAUAUACACAUGAAAUAUCUGUUUA